AUUCUCCCGGAGGAUUGCGAUCUGAGAAGAUUCUCUGGUGUCUAGAAUGGCUAAAUAAAGACCAUCGAAUCAUGCUCGACGAUGUUGGCUGAUUCAGGAGCCUUCCGGGGGGAAAAGUCACGCCACACAAUUGCACAGUCGAACCAUAUCGCCAGGAGCCGCGAACAUCACAACACAUGACUUGUAAUUUUUUCAAAAUACAAAAGCUCGAACAUUCCCAUUCGAACCAGUCUUCAAGAACUAGAACCCUUGAAAUCGUGGCCAUCUAUCGAACACAAGCCCAAACAAGUCCUCCAAACCUUCAUCCGAAACCCAAAACCAAUCAGUCAAAACACCCAACACAUACAUAUCACGAUGUCCGUCAUAGCAAAAAAUACAGCCCUCGUCCUCCUCGGGGCCGUCGGUGCUGUAGCAGCCGUAAACGCCCUCAAGCCUUCCAAGACAGCGGGAAUUGCAAACGCGAUGAGAACGCAGCUCGAUCAAAUCAACACCCACGUUGAACAGGAUAGAUCGAGGAAGCCGUGGAACCAGACGAGUGCUGAGCGGGAGGCGAUGAGAAAGACGGGAGACGGGGACUGGAGACUGAGGAAUGAGGGAGAGUCAAAAGACGCAACCGCAUGGGGCACACUGUACACAAAAGGGAAUUCGAAACACAUCAAAGAGAACACACCCGAACUUGAACAUGGAGACAGGGAUUCUCGAAUCAAGAACCUCAGGUCCAGUUGCGACUCGCGACUUCGAGAAAGGGUGAAGUGGUCGCGUGCAGAACUUCUUGGAGGGAAAGGGUGUCUGCAUCCCACUAAUUGCCAUCGAUUCUCACGAGACCCAUGCUCAAGGGGAUUGCCAGACGAGGAGAAAUUUAUCGAGGCCGUAAUCUGA